AAAAAAGAAUUUGAACAAAAAAACACUGACAAAACUAUAAAAUUUUUGUGUUGUAAAGCUGAAAACCUGAGCUCUGUUCUUCCACUAGAUUCAGUUGAUUUAAUCACUUGUGCAGAAGCCAUUCAUUGGUUUGAUACAGACAAGUUCUUUAAGGAAGCUUAUAAAGUUUUGAAAACUAAUGGCACGUUGGCUAUUUGGGCUUAUGUCGAACCAAGGUUUCUUGAUUAUCCAAAGGCAAACGAAAUUUAUGAGAAAUUUGUUUUUGACGAUGAUAGAUACAUGGGCCCAUGCUGGCAACAGCCUGGUAAAUCAUAUUUGAGGAAUUUUUGCAGGGAUAUUAAGUUACCAACUGAUCUUUUCUCAGACGUGAUUAAAAUUGACUAUGUUCCAAUGAAAAGUAACAAAAAGACUGCUUUCCAAAUUGCUAGAGAUGACUAUACCAUGGCUGAUUUUAGAAAAUAUUUGUAUAGUUGGAGUGCCUACCACAAUUGGCAACAAAAAUAUGGAGGAGAAGGGAAAAAUAUUGCUGAUAUGUUUGUUGGCGAGUUGAAAGAAGAAUUUGGUUGGACUGAUGAUACUAAGUUAAGAGUUGAAUGGGGGACUUUUUAUAUUUUGGCUAGAAAGUAA